ACCGUUUAGUUGACUAUAGCCUGGAAACCUGAUGUUUUAUUUAAUGGAAUUCUACAUUGGGUAUAAAUUAGUGUUUGGAUCAGGAAAGUUCCCUCUCACGACCUCUACAAGCCAGAAUGUUGAAUAAAAUUGUAUAGGGGAGCACCCUUCUCAAAUGGAACAGUAAUCUGGGCUGUAAGCUCCUGCUGUCAACAGCAGCAUGGUGAUUCGUUCAGAAACAUCUCUUUUGCAUAAAAUAUGUCUGAAUUUUCAAACUAGCUUACAUUGGGAAGGCGGAUCAAGCGGUUAAAAAAAAUUGUAUGUGAAAACAGAAUCCUACUCGUUACUCCACCUGCUUAACCCACUUUUUUUGUUUUGAGCCACCGUCGGCCAGAGCAGGGCACCUGACUCACGCCCAGGAGACAGUCCGGUUCCAAAACAAAUGCAAUCGCUUUUCACCCGAUGCAAACACCUCCCACCGGGGCCAGAUUCGAAACCCAUCACUGAAUCGCCUGCUUGAGUUGCCUGGCAGGCUUUGCACUCUACCAAUCAGAGUUGACAGGGUGUAAAAAGGAGGAGGAGCUGCAUGAUUGUGGGUGUGUCCCAUCUUGGACUUCAACAAUAGUGUGUAUGGGAAAGUCAAGCAUGGAUGUUGCUGUCGCAGAGGAACCCCUGAGGAAAAUCUUCAGAGCAAAAAAGACUAUGAAAGUCAGCGAUCGACGGCAACUGGAAUCCCUUCACACCACUCUUUCCUCUCCAUGUUCUUUCCCAUCCCCACCUCAGCCAUCAAUGGUAAAUGGGAAGCACUGUGAAGCUGUGUCUAUGGAAGUAGAUGAAGAAAUGCAUGGAUCUACACAUACCAUCACUCAUGCCACUUCCUCCCUGACAGCCACGUCCCUAACUACUGAGAUCUCUGAGGAACCAACAGCCUCUGAAUUACUGGUUUCUUCAUCACAGAACAUACACUCUGAUGUAAAAGAUGUUCAGGAAGAAGGAGAGGGGGACAAGGAGUCUACAUUACCCAGCCUCGAGGUAGAAGACAAAAUGAAGGGGGAUAGAAAUUCCAAAGGAGAUGUUAUUGUUUCCUCUCCUGUGAGUUCAGAGAAAACAGAAGCAGUAAGAGAGAGACAGGUUGAUGGUAUGGAAAUGGGCCUGGUACCAGGUACCACUCAGGACACAGUGCCCAUAUUGAACCCUGCCGCCUCCCUGUCCUCCAACACGGCUGUAGAGUCUGUCUCUUCCCCUUCGCUCUCCCCGUCAUACACGGCAGAGUCAGACCAGGAGGUCAGGCCAGGGUUCCUGGUGCUUAGUGAAGAUGAUGAUGUCCAGGAUGAGAGUGAUGAGGAACAGAGGGAACGUGAAGGAGGGGUAGAAAAAGUUGAGGUUAACAUGAAGAAGCCAGAACAAAUUGUAAGUGGUGCUUCAUCACCAACGCCCCUUCAGAUUGAUGAAGAAGAGGAGGGUGCUGCUCUACAGAAGAAACGAUCCUUGUCUGGAGACUCAGAGGAUGGUGGUGAAAAACAGGGAGAAAGAGACUUGGAAGUGGUGGAGAGGCAUAACAAGAGGCCCAGAGUAGACUGUGAAGAGCUGGAGGCUCAUGUGGAGCUGAAGAUCAGUGGGAGCGCAGAAAGGCAACACAAGCUAAAGAAGGUGGUGCAGCAGCUUGUUGAGGAGCAGUUGUGUGUUCUGCAGCUCACACUAUUUGACAAGAGUCUUCAGGGGCUCAGAGACAGACUGGACAAAAUAGAAAAACACCCGAGUGCACUCAAGAGCCUGCAGGCAAAGAUUGGCCGACUUUCUAAGAAAGUUGGAACUGCCAUCCAGGCCAUGGAGAAUGCCCAGAAACCUCCAGGGGUACUGUUGCCACCUACCUCUACUCAUGCCACAGCAACCACCCCAGCAGAAUCAGCAAUUCUCGGCCUGAGAACAAUGGGGAACAACACACCGGAUCCAAAGUGUAAUGAUCAAACCCCUACUCCUGUACGUAAUGAUCAGGGCAGUCAAACCCCUACUCCUCUACGUAAUGAUCAGGGCAGUCAAACCCCUACUCCUCUACGUAAUGAUCAGGGCAGUCAAACCCCUACUCCUGUACCCACAGCCUCCUUGCGACCUUCCCCCUCUUCCACAGCCUCAGCCGGAUCUCAACCCACAUCCCAAACCUUGAUGCUGAGCACCUGUGUUACCCCAAAACCAGGCCCGUCCGCCUUCCCUCUCCAGUCAUUCCUCAUACAGCUGCCUGGUGGAGGGACAGCCAUCCUUACCAACCCAACCAACUCUCAGCUAAUCCCAGUGUGCGCACUUCCCGCCAUGACGAGUUCCACCGUGACACCCACCACUGCCUUCCUCCUGCAGAGGACUACUCCCUACACCCCUGCUGCUCCCAAGCCCCCCUCUGCUUCUGCCCUCUUAUCUCAUUUCGCUGCCAUACCCACAACCACGACUACACCCACUGACAUACCAGCUGCCACAACGUCCCACAUGACCACACCCAUAACCACACCCACAUGCAGGGCCACAACCACACCCUGGGCCACAACCAUAACCACACCUACAUGCAGGGCCACAACCACACCCUGGGCCACAACUGUAACCACACCCACAUGCAGGCCCACACCCAGGGCCACAACCGUAACCCCACCCAGGGCCACAACCGUAACCACACCCAGGGCCACAACCGUAACCACAACCACACCCAGGGCCAUAACCACAACCACACCCAGGGCCACAACCACAACCACACCCAGGGCCACAACCACACCCAGGGCCACAGCCACAACCACACCCAGGGCCACAGCCACAACCACACCCAGGGCCACAACCAUAACCACACCCACACGCAGGGCCACAACCACACUCUGUGCCACACCCAAUGUCUCCCACCCUGGAGCCACUGGGACGGUCAGCAGGCCCAGCUCCGGUGUGUCUGGCUCCGUCUGUGAGUCCAUUCGGCUUGUGUCUGUGACGAACUCCACUUCAACUUCAUCCUUACCAAGAUUCUCAAUGCCAGCCACCACAGGCACUCAACCCUCUGUGCGACCAGCUGCCUCUGUGCAUCAAGCUGCCUCAGUACAACUCGCUGCCCCUGUACCACAUGUGCCUGCGAAAACAGGUAGUGAAUCUACAAACCCUCCUUCAGACUCCACACAGACAUCUCAUCCUGCCAAAUCAGAAGCAUUCAUAGACCUGACAGAGGAGGAGGAGGAGGAUGAUGAUGUUCUAGUUACUGGAGUGCUGAAGGCUCCGAUGGCUUUGAAGGCCUCACCCUCGCCUUCAACAGCGGGUCAGCGAACAACAGCCACACAGCAAACCUCCACUUCAGUCGGAACACAGGCCGUGAGGUUAUCUCUUGGUCAGAUGUCAGGUGUUGGGUCUCCGCAUGCUGUUUAUCAUCGCCCCGUGCAGGGCUCCCCAUCUAAAAGUGUUGCCUCGGCAACAUCCACUACUUCAUCUUCCACACCUUGCCCCCAGCCCUCUCCCCUUCCACCCUUGCCUGUCCCACCUCAAACUAUCAGUCUGCCCCUAGAAGCGGCCAGCACCAGCCCUCCACAGCAGCCUCUGCUCAAAAUAACCCGGGUUCCGAGCCAUAAUGACGGCAUCGUGCUCUCCUGGUCUGUGACUGAGGUAGACAGGAGCUGUGCUGCCGUGGACAGCUACCACCUAUACGCCUACCACCAGGACCACUCUGGCCCCAGCACACACCCCCUACUCUGGAAGAAGAUCGGGGAGGUGAAGGCCUUGGCUUUGCCCAUGGCCUGUACACUCACACAGUUUGUCUCUGGCUCCAAGUACUACUUUGCAGUCCGUGCCAGGGACGUGUUUGGCCGCUUUGGACCAUUCUGUGAGCCUCAGUGCACUGACGUCUUAACGUCCCCUUCACCGAAAGCUCCAAUUUAACCACACGCUAAGAAUUAAGUUAAAAUGUUUUGUGUCAAGUUAAAACAAGAGGAGAAAUGUUGAUUUUGUAGAUUUUUUUCUGGUUACUAAGAAAACCAAAGUGAAAAGUUCAGUAAAGCUUCUGGCAAAACGAAUUGCUCUAUUUUCAAAUUAAUGUGUUUGGUAUUUGUUUUAUCAGAAUUGUGCACUCAUCAUAUUUGAGCCCAGGUGUUUACAAGAGUGACUUAUCAUUGGAAUGUUACUGGGAAAUGUUGUUGCCCAUCUUGGUGAAAUCGGUUGGCCCCAUGUGACCACUGUCUGCCUGCCGUGUGUCUGCCUACCACAUGGGAGCAGCAUUGUACCAAAAUGGUAUCUUCGACACAGGACGAGAGGAUUUGAAAAUCAAAUCUGAAAUGGCCUGGUCCCGUUUCUGAACGAUUAUGGAAAGUAUUCUUCUCCUAGUUUCCUGAAGGUAUUUGAAAACUCAAACUUUUCAUUGCAAUUGUCAGUCUAACUGAAAGAACAUACUAUGAAGGGCAGCAUGACCAUGUUAUUAUAUGGUAAUACCCAGUAGUUUUGCAUCUCAUGAGAAAUGAGCUAAAACCUAUGUGACCUCUUUUCCUCCUGCUCAAUUCCUGCUACUGGGAAGGACAAGUUCUACAGUUAAAUUAUACAUGAUCUAGGGCCUCCUGUGUAUGUGGCUACAUCCUGGGACAUUUUUUUUAUGGAUGUAAUUUAAUAUAGUUUUUUUACCUUUUUAAUUUGGCAUGAACAGAACCAGUCAUAAUGAUUUCAUAUUGUCAAACAAACAACUUCAAAAAGUAGGCUACCUGCGCAUGUUACGAAACACCAAAAAGUGUAAUGACAUUCUGUGAUUUUCAUUAGGUCUACACUUUUGUAGCCUGAAUUUAUUGAUCCGUCUUUGACAAAAGGACGUUUUUGUUUUGUUUGUAGAAAGAAAAGUUGGGGCGACUGAAAAGGGGCUGGGAGAUGGAACUGUCCCGGGAUGACAAGUGCAGCCACGUGGAUAUAUAUAUAUAUAUAAUUUUAAACCAUGACCGGCGGGGGUGUUCGUUUAAUUUGGAGUACGCUUUUAGUUUAAGAUUUACCUCUAGCAGUACAAAUUGCAUUUUAAAGAAAUAGUAGAAUUGUUUAAUUAGUAUUAUUUAGAGACCCUGCCCCCCACCCCAAAGUUUGACUUUGUUGCAUUUAGGGGGACUCAUGUCUCAUUCAGGGGUCUGAGACAUUCCUGGGCCCCAUGCAAUUCAUACCGUCUGUUGAUGGUUUUAUGCUCUGUCUGAUAGGGACAUGUAAAGUCUUAAUGGCUGGUUAGAAACAUGUAAAUAAAUGCAUUGGACCGGACAACAGAAAGGACUACAAUAUACUAUUGUAUAUGUUCAUUAAAAUGUUUGUAAACUAUA